AUGUCGUCGAUAUCGACUUUGGAAGUUGCGUGGGAGAAUAAAUCGUUGUGGGCGUGGCGCUGGGAUGAAAGAUCUUUCUGCUCUCAAGUUGCUCUAACGAAUAAACUCGAGUUGCUCAAGUGGGCGCGAGAGGAGAAAAAGUGUGAGUGGAAUGCAGGGACGAUUAAUAUGGCCGCACGUCGAGGUAAUCUGGAAAUGGUAAAGUAUUGCGUUGCAAAUCGGUGUACUGUCAUUGCGGAUGCUUGUGCAAAUGCUGCCAAAAACGGUCAUCUCGAGUGCCUCAAAUACUUACACGAAGAAGUCCAAGCGCCUUUGAAUUCGCCACAUCGCCCUGGUCGUACUGCCUCAUGGGCGGCUAAAAGUGGUCAUCUUCAUAUACUUGAAUAUCUUGUCGAGCGUAAGUUUGAUAAAUAUAACACAGUGCGACCAAGUUUAAAUGCGUGUGCGCAUGCGGCCAAGAACGGUCACUUAGACUGUUUGAAGUACUUACACGAAACCGCCAAAGCGCCUUGGGACGAGGACGCCGUACGAGAAGCGCACAAGAAUAACCAAACCGAAUGUGUACAAUACCUCCUCGAUAACAACUGCCCUUUACCAUGGGAUUGGCGAUACGAACGCGGAGAGUUACGCGCACCAGAAUAA